UAUAAAAAUGCACAAGGUUAUCUGAUCAUAUGACUAUUCGUAACUGUAGUUCAGUUAAGUUCGAAACUCAGAAAUGAACCGAUGGAAUGGAAAGGUUGCAAUAGUCACCGGUGCUAGUUCCGGCAUUGGAAAAGCGAUCGCGACAAAGCUCGUCGAAAAUGGAAUGAUCGUUGCAGGACUGGCCAGGCGUAAGGGGUUGGUAGAUGAACUGGUCGCCAAGCUAAAGGGAGCGAAAGGAGAGCUCCAUGGAGUUCAGGCUAACAUGACCAACGAAGAAGAAAUCUUAAAAGCGUUUGAAUAUGUAGCCAAAAAUUUAGGCCCGGUUCAUGUACUGGUUAACAGCGCGGGUAUUAGUCGCGUUUCGCCAUUGACAUGUGGAAGGACGGACCAAUGGAAAGAUGUUUUGGAAACAAAUGUUAUAGGGCUAUCCAUUGCAACAAGAGAGGCGGUGAAAAGCAUGUCUGUAAACAACGUGGAUGGACACAUAAUACACAUAAACAGCGUCGUUGGACAUUCUUUCAGAAAAACAAGCAGCGCCAUGUACGGGGCAUCAAAGUUUGCAGUGACCGCACUCACCGAUGCCUUAAGAGACGAACUCAAUCAAGCAAAAAGCAAGAUCAAAAUUACGAGCAUCAGUCCAGGCUUCGUUGACACUGAAAUAUUGGAUAGAGUUUCGGAACACAGCGACGGUCUGCUCCCAAUGGAAUACGUACAUCAUUUUAAGCUUAACCCUUCACUCAAAGCGGAAGACGUCGCCGAUUGCGCCUUGUAUGUUCUAAGCACACCACCACACGUACAGGUUCACGACAUCAUUCUUAGACCUAUGGGUGAGACCGCUAUAUAAUUGAGUUGCAUAUGAAGUUUAAUAAAAAAUAUAGUAAUAUGUCUCAUAGUUUUCUGUCCAUUGCACAAAAUAGGCUUGCGCUCAAAGUUAUCGAUAUUUACAGAAAACACGGCCCUGUCAUUCUAAUUAAUCAGCAAAUAAACGUUAUCAAUAGA